CAACAACAUAAACUAGCUCUCUUUUAGCCAGUUGGCGCUAACGCCCACUGGGACUCUCUCUCUUGCUAGCCGGCUAAUUCUCAGGUCAAGUCGGGCAGUGGCUCACAAUAGCACUCCGGUGAGAAAACAGCGUUUUUGCUCCAGUGGAUUUGUUACAGAGUCUUCCUGCUGGUUGAAGCUGCCAUCACACACUGACAUGGUGAAGUUACGUAGGGAGCGUAGCUGUGGGCGGAUCUGUGUGGUAGCCAGUAGCUAGCCAGGCAGGCUAGCAAUGACGGAUAGGAUUAUUCCUGCCGGGGUCUGGAUUCUGAACCAGCAGACAUGAUUUUAUGGAGACCACCAUACAAGGCCUGAGCUGAUUUGUCAGCCUUGUGUAGGUUUGGUUUUCACCCCCCAAGUGUCCUCUGGAUAUCAGCUGACAAUGGUGGUCUGAACAGAGGUAACAGGAAAGCCUGGCACAGUGUGUCUUUACUCUAACACAGCAAGGCUCGACCAAGGAGAGGAGCAGAGACGGAUCGAAGCGAAGAGAAAAAGCUAAUCUAAACACAGAAUGUCUCAAAACAGAGAACUGGUGGUUUUCUACAUAAAGUAUAAACUCUCUCAGAGAAACUAUCCACUCAACCACAUGGAACUCAAUGAGCCUCCAAACAGGACUGAUGGGGGGGAGGCAGGGUCAAGUGAGGAAGAGCGGAUAGCAACACACGCCAACGGAACUUUUAACAGCACGAGUCCUGGGACCCCUCCAGCGUCCCCACUGCGGCAGCAACGGUUGCCAUCAACGACGAGCCUGGAUGCGGUGAAAGAGGCCCUCCGGGACUCGGCCAACGAGUUUGAGUUGCGAUAUGCCCGCGCCUUCAGCGAUCUGCACAACCAGCUGCACAUCACGCCGGCCACAGCUUACCAAAGCUUCGAGAACGUGAUGGAUGAAGUGUUCCGGGACGGCGUCAACUGGGGCCGCAUCAUAGGGCUUUUUGCGUUCGGCGGGGCGCUGUGUGUCGAGUGUGUGGAGAAGGAGAUGAGUCCACUGGUGGGCAGGAUCGUGGAGUGGAUGACAGUUUACCUGGACAACCACAUUCAGCCCUGGAUCCAGAGUCAAGGAGGAUGGGAGCGCUUUGCAGAAAUCUUUGGGCAGGAUGCAGCAGCAGAGAGCAGGAGGUCCCAGGAGAGCUUCAAGAAGUGGCUGCUGGCGGGGAUGACCCUGGUGACCGGGGUCGUGGUGGGCUCACUGAUUGCUCAGAAGCGCCUGUGAGAGGAAACAGACGACAGCCCUCCUACUACUCCUCUCCCAUGACCCUCUCCACCUGCCUCCUUCACUACCCUCAACGUACACGCCGCAGAAGUUAAAAUGAAGGUCCUGUUUGUCUUGUCAGAACUGCUGAUAAUGUUUACCCCCCCACACACACACACACACAUCCCACAGUGGACUGAGAAUCCUCACAUGUUGUUGGACUUUUGAGAAAAAGACCGAGAAGAGGAAAAGUUAUUAGUAUUCAUGUUUUCACCUUAACCUUCACCCUGAUGAAAAAUGUGUGGUUAUACAGAGACAGGCAUAUUAUUCUUUCAUUCACUGAACCAUUUGUUCCUUCUUUCCAUGUUCUCCAGUUGUUCCUGUAUCAUUUUCCUUUUUGUAUGUAUGUAUUAGUUUUAACAAAUUUUUUUUUCCCAUUUUCAUUCUCAAAAGAGGCUAUUGAGAGUCUCUCCACAGUUAACCCAAACCUGCCUGACAAAGGGUCAUUGUGCUAUGCAGCCUGAACUGUUCUACAUGUCUCAUCUUGAAGCUUGUUUUGUCGCACGUCCCCACAGACAGCUCUACAAUAGCUUUGUAUGUGCCAUAUGGAGAGUGAAAGCAGGGGAGGCUGUAGCACCUGCCCCUGAACAGCUUCUGUAGUUCUCAGCCAUCCUGAUCACCAACACAUACAGUAUAACAUCAUAAUCCUCCGUACACUGAUACACUGUUUUAUCUUGCCCUGUCUUUCAUGCUUCUAGGUUUUAUAUGAAUGGUAACUGAAAAAGAGUCAAACAGGUCUUAGUUAACAAAACAGUGGAGUCUUAAACUAGAAACCUUAAUGGGAAACUAAAUCCUCUGCUUGUUUGUGUUUGUUGGUGCGUUUGGUUUUGGAUUUCUGAACCAUUAAAACCCCACUGCUCCCGCUGAUCUGUGCUUUAUGGUCACACUUGGCCUUGGUUUGAUCCUGUUGUGUUUAGUCAGCCUGCUGACCGGCAGACCACUGCGUGUGUGGCAAGUUCUCAGAAUCAGUGUAACUGCAGUUCAUACAAGCAGGGCGCCAUGGCUCAGACCCUCCAUGUUUACUACACAGUAGCUAGAGAAUGCAGCAAAUACUGUAGCAACACACACAUAACCGAGCAGUCACCAGUCACAGCGACACUCAGAAAGAUCUUUCAGCAGCCUGAAAGACUCUUCAGUUUCAACAGUCUUAAGAGUUGGAUAUUUGGAUGUAAAGCUGUCAAUUUGCUUAUUCUUUACUUUAACCCCCGCCCCUCUAUUAUGUGUGUAUGAACAACUUAACUACAAUUCAUAAAUGGUUUGUAACACAUUUGAUUGUAAUCAGAUAUAAAGACAUUUUAAAAGUGUGUUUUAAUGACACAUCUGGUGUAUAGUCAAUGACUGAUUGACAAUGACACAGCUUCAGUUGUGUUAAAUGAUAAACAGUUACAUACAUGAUCACAUUCUUACCAUCUGUCAUUAGAAAUUUUGUAAAUUAUUCACAGGCACGUUUAAUGAAGACAUGCUGAGCUUAGUUUCAUAGUUUUUUUCAUUUUCAAGGUCUAGCAGUUCACCAGCUUUCAGGGCCUUUGUCAGCAAAUUGGCUCAAUUGUCAUUGCGAGUCAAGAGGCAGAAUUUAUAAAUAAACAAAGAGCUCAAUAAUAAGUAUAAAAAAUAAUGGACUCUUCAUGUUUCUAAAGACUCUGAUCUGACAGUUUCUGGAUUUGUUAGGCUGAUACUUAAUCUCCUUAAUGAUACAGCUGCAGUAAGCCUGUAUUGGCCCGUGUGCUGGCCAAUUUAUCAAUGUAGUUCGAACAGCAACUGAUAUACUACAUUGUAUAUUAUUAUUGUCAAUCAUUGUCUGAUCAUACUCCAGUUACAGUAGCUUCUCAGAAGUUCUAUAAUGCAGUAACGCGUUAACUAUCUUAAUGUCUGAUUACAACUACAUUAUACAGUAAAAUAACUUAAUUAUCAAGCAAAACACUUGUCUGUCUCUCUCUAUAUAUGAUAAUAAACUGAUUAUCUUUGGCUUUUGAGCGGUCAUGACAGACGUUUUCACUAUUUCCUGGCGUUUUAUCGACUAAACGAUUAAUAGAAUAAUCAAGAAAAUAAACAUUAACAUCACCCACAGUUGUUUCUAUACACUGCUCAAUGGGGGGAGGGUUAAAAUAAAGCAUCAGAGUCAUUUAUACUGAUAAUUUUGCAAUAAAAUCCUAAUCAUGUGCUGCAAUGUUGAAAACUAUUUUUGCUGGGUUUUUUCUCACUCUGUGCUAAUCCAAUAACCAUUCCUUAUUUUUUAACCAUUUGUCAGAUCUUACAGUCACAGUUCGAUUUCAUCUUAGCACCAGAGUGAACAUCACAGUCUGAUCAGAUUUAUGUAGCAAACUGAUGAAGCAGCUGCCUGAGGAGACAAAGCAGUUCUGCAUCAGAAGUGAUUUGAGUUAAAUUUGGUGAGAAACGUGUCAAAAUGUGUCUGUUUACCAUCUUAAGCAAAUCAGCUGUCAGUGGCUGUAGAAGCGUAAAACUCGACACCCAAACCCUCAUAUCUCAUCUCACACACACUCACUCCAAGUUAUCCAUGCAUUUCUUUCACAGUCCAACCCCUCUGCUUCUCCGCCUUGUCUUCCCCAGACACUCAAGUCUGUCAAAUCUCCAUCCAUCUCUCCUCCUCUUUCCCCCUCCAUCCAGCUCCACCUCUUCCUCUGCGGUCCCCCAGCUGUCACUGCACCUAGUCACGUGUGUCAGUCACAGCUGGCCCACCUGCUGCUUCACACAAACGCACCACACACACACACACACGCUUGUAAUAUAACUCACCUGCCAGUCAGAUGAGAAGGAGACCUUCGUCUUUGUUUCUAAACAUCUCUCCAUCUUUAAUUUAAAGCUGGAUUCAGAGGAGUGUUUGUCGCCUGGCGUUUCACGCACCAACAACUGGCAGCUCGAUUAAUUUACUGAGAAGGGAGAGAAAGGAGGGGGUUACUCCUCCCUGUCCCAGUAUCUUCCAACUGCUUCAAAUUUGAUGUUAUUCCAAAUACUGUCUCCAGCUGACAACAAUAUGUUCUGAUGUGCUAAAGCAGAACAAUAAAGCACAAUGCAGCUUUAGUUCAAGACUGGCAGGUGCCAUCUGAAGCUCAUCAAACAAGGGUUCAGCACUAGACUCAACCGUGUGGAGCCACAGAGAGUAAACAUUAAAGCAAGGGAGAAUAAAAAAAAACUGGAUAUACAGGUGAAACAUCCAUCACUAUAUUGUCAGUGCAGCUGUGCCUCCAUCUUCAAAGCAGGACUCAUCCCUCUUCAUCAAUGUUGACUUUUGCUGUUUUUCAUCUUCACAGUUCACACAAUCAUGCACAUUUGCCAACAAAUGAACAAAUACUUCUCCAAAAUAAUAAUAAAAAAAAAAAAACCCUGCAUUGACUAUUGAUGAGUCUCCCCUUCUACAUGCUUGCGUCGUGAGCAUCUUUUUAGCCAAGGUCUGCUCUCAUACAUUCCAGUACAGUAUAUAUAUAUAUAUAUAUAUAUAUAUAUAUCUUUCUAGCGUGUGCCCCACCAAGGAGCUGCUUGUAGGCUUUUCUCUGCUGUCCUGGCCCUCACUGAAACUAAUUUCCUUCCUACACAUUAGGUGAGUGUGUGUGUGUAUGUAUGAGUGUGUGCAUGUGUGUUGUGAAUUUUUGGCAAAAUGUUCCUGAAGGAGGCACAAAUGAAGAAAGUGUGACAGCAUUGGCACGGUAUAUAUAUAUAUAGAUAUAUAUAUAUAUAUAUAUAUAUAUAUAUAUAUAUGUGCUAGUUAUUUAAACUUUUUAGAGUAGUAUGUUAGCUUAGUAACAUAUUUAAAAAAAACAGAACUGAUGGCUUUUAAACAUUAUUUAUAUUUGGUGUAAAAAGCAUAAUUGUGCCCGUUCAAAUGGCCUUAAACUCCAUCUUUGCAUUGAUGUGCAUUGUCAUUCAUUGUGGGUUUUUUAUUAUAUUAUUAUUUAGGAUUAUUGGACUGCUACUAGACAAGGAAAUGCAAAGUGAAAAGUGAAAGGAUAUUUUCAAAAAGUUCAGUCUCUGGUGCAUUUUUGUUGAUCAUAAGAGUAUAGAAUCAAAGAUUGCAACCAUGUCCAAUGGUCCAUUUGUAUGUCUUAGAAUGGCAUUGUAAAAUUUUAAAUUACAUUGAACCUAAUAAAACCCAUGCUGGAAGAUGUA